AUGGCCCCGGCGCUUACUGUAACUCCGCAAACGACACAUUACGACGUGGUCGACGAGACUGAAAUAUUAGCCCACCGAAGACGGGCCCUUGUGUCCGUCAAUAACCUCUCAACACACAUGGAGGAAGAUGAUAUGGGGCUGCAGAACCAGCCUAGUUUGGCGAAAGAUUCGCAGGAGAUGGAACAAAUCCUUGUGGAUCUGGGCAAUAGUGACUUAGUUCAAGCUGAUUUGCUUCAAGCUAUUAAAACUCUGGAGAGUGGGGGAGAUGUUUUGUCAACUGGUGAUCCAGAUGCUAUAUUUCCUCUAUCAAGCUUUGAUUUGCCUGAAACUGUUGAUUCAGAAGGUGAUGCAGCUGAGGAUAAAAUCAGACUUUUGCAGGCUAGGUUAGAACGAAGAUGUGCAUUUUUGUUAAGAAGGUUAAGAAUAUUGCAAGCUCGUUCUGUUGGAAAAAGAGUAGCCGAAGAAGUCACACAAACAUUUGAAAAAUGUACUCGAGGUGCAAGAAAAGAUGGUGGUGGACGACCAAUAGGUUUAAAAGCCUUUAUUAAAAGAGUAGAUACCACAUCCGGCCUACAAGCGAGUGCAGCAUCUAGGACUGUGGUUGGUCCAAAAUAUUAUAAUGCUAGUACUUCUAGAGGUGAUGCAACAAGAUCUGCAUCAUUAGGGGUUCCUUCAGGAACAUUAAAUGGCUUAGAGGAUACAGCUGGUAGCUUGCGUUUUCAUUUAUCAGUGGUGAAGCAACAAUUAGAUUCAGAUGCAACUGCUUCUUCAUCUGGAGCAGAGAGUAAUGAUGAGGCUGUUGUAUAUAAUAACCAACAUCAACAGCACAUGCCUAUUGAGAAAAGAGCAUUAUGGUCUUGGCAAAGGACUCGUGCGUCAAUUGCAACACGUUGGUGCUGGCUACAGGCACAGAUUCAGGAGUUGGAAUAUAAAAUAAGACAGCACAGUGAUUUACAUAAGCAGGUCCGCGAGGCAAAGGGUCGUAUAGAAUUUGAAGGAGAACCAGUCGGUUACGAAGGGAGCCUCCCAGGUGAUGAUUCUCCCAGCACCUGCGCCAGAAUACGACCCUUGCGUCGGGAGACGUUUAAGAAACGAAAGUUAUUGCAAAUGCACAAUCUGCAUCUUGCUACUACUAAAGCGGCUAAACCCAGUGAUGUUAAGUGCAGCUGCGUGUACCCAUUGGAGUCGUGCGCUGUAUGCACGGGCCGAGCCGAGUCUACUCAGCCGCAGCCGCCUUUCUCUACAUUGUCUCCUGCGCAGCGCCUAGCUCUCGUCGAUCCUAGCUACCAUCCUGCGCUUAGCACUAUACAAGAUGUGCCGCCAUCCAUUCACAUGAGCGCGCUCACGUCUCGUCCGUGGUUCCGGUCUCGCAUCAAGUCCUAUCGUGGCGCGCAUAAUUCAUCUGUCACGAAACAAACGAUCCAAGCUUCGCAGCCCACACAGGCAACUUCGACGACUACCAAACGACAUCCUACCAGAUUGAAACGAGGCAGACCGCCGCUAUCCCGCAAAGUUAAAGAGCGUGAUCGUGACGACGAUACUUCGACAUCUGGACAAGAACGUGGGCGUGGUCGGGCAAGCACAGAAUCACGCGGCUGGAGGCGGCAGUCGUUCGAUAUCGAUAACAUCGUGAUACCUCAAAGCAUCGCUGCUAACACACGGCCUGAAAUACUUACGUAUAAGGAAAUUCUAACGCCUAAAUGGCGAAUAAAGGAUAUAUCAAGACCUAAAUUGAAUAAUGGGAUUAACAAUUCCAAUCGUAUGUCGGUAGACGGAAGUGAGGAAGAAGAUGUAUCUGAAAUGUCACUAUAUCAGCGACACGCCCGUGCUGAAACCCAAGAGAGGAACCGAUUUCUACGCAAACAGCGGUCGAGAAGGAAUAAUGCUGAACCCCCCAUAGACCCAGUACCUGUACAAAAUCAUAUACAGAAACCACAGCCAAACAUAAUAAUACAAAACAACCAACAAAGCAGCGAGGCUGCUGAGAACCCAUAUACACCACGGAAUUUCCCCCUACAAGACGAAGUUUACCAAGACAUGUUAUCUUUCAUGCCUGAGUCAUACCAGCCCAGCUGUAGUCCAUCUCCAAUUCCGUCACCCCAGGAAGAAGAAUUGGAAGAUUCCAGCACAUUAUCACCAGCAUCCCUACUUAUGUACGAAGGGGAUGACCCCGAUGAUGCAGAAUGGAAUCCGAGUGCGGAGAAAUCGGAGCGUAAGAAAAGUAUACUUAAGUAA